UUUGUGCAGCAAAGAUCAAGCUACAUGUACAUGUACAAUGUAUGUAGCAAUACGUGCCAAACGAAACAAAACGACUGUUAUAUUGAGGUGACCGUACUUGAGAGAACAGGAUUAGCGAGAGUGCACUGUCUGUAUAAAUGUAUGUGUGUGUCCCUGCAUCCUGUUAGCAGGAAGGAAAGGUAAACUACGAUUUGAAUGCUAUUAUACAUGUAAGCAGAGAUUUCUAAUUAUACAUCUAUUAUUAUAAUUAUGUAGGUUGCAGUACUAGUGUAAGUACAUGCAUGCAUGGAGGCAAGGUUAAAAUACUGGCCUAAUUAAAUUACACACAACAACUAUAAGAUGCCAUAUAUUUGUGUCCCCCAUAUCCUGUUAGCAGGAAGGAAAAGUCCACUAUAAUGAUGUGUGCAUGCUCUACACCCACUCACACUGUAGGUAUAUGUGGCACUGUGUGCAGUAUAUAUAUAGGUGCAUGUCAGUCUAUCGUACAACAAGUCACGAAGGAAAGUUAAAAAAACGUCCUAACUGCUGUCAACAACCAAAGAGUUUGCAGCAGCUAACAAUUCCAAUUAUGGAGUCUAAUGUAGCCUACAAUGUUGUUCCUACUACUAAGAACGUCACACAACAUGGAAUGCAAGGUUCCCCUCAUCAAAUGGAAGAGAAUAUUGCCUAUAACAUCAUCGAUAAUGAGAAAUAUGCAACACUUACAGAUCAGAACAUUGCCUACAACAUUGUGGAGACAUCUACUGAAACACAAAGAAGUUGUAAAAAAAAUCCAGCCUAUAACAUUGUGGAAAAUGCCAAUAAAAUUCGGAAAGACAGUCAAACACAAGAAACGGACGAAUAUGUAUACAUAGUGCCAAAUACAACUACGAGAAAAGAUGAGCAUACAACAAACACAUCUCAAAUGACGACUCAACUAAAACACCACAGAGUUGUAUCCAUCCUAGCUAUUGUAUUUGCUCUACUAUCUCUUACAUUAGCUGUGGCAGCACUGGUACACACGAGCAUAGAGUUAAGGAAUGUUAAUCAAGAAAUAACAUCAAUCACAAUAAUACUAAACAACAUUUCUGAUCAACAAAAUUCACAAAUACUUUUCAGAGAUGUUCAGAACAUAAAUUCUAUUCUUGAAGAACUUGAGCCAUUCUAUCUUGGAACAAUCAACAACCCAGCUAGCUCUUGUAGUGACAUCCCUCAAGACCGAUCAUCUGGAGAAUACUGGAUUCGAAACACCACUAGCUCUCUUGUUCAGGUCUACUGUGACAUGAAUGGAACAAGCUGUAGCUGCAACACUGCAGGAGGAUGGAUGAGGGUAGCCAACCUCGACAUGACCGAUCCCAACCAAAACUGCCCAGACGGAUUCAACCUUACAAUAAGGACAGAGCCACCACUGCGUACUUGUGGUAGAACAGGAGAACUCAGAACUGGUUGUACGUCUUUUCCAAUUCAAACUUACGGAGUGGAAUACUCGCAUGUGUGUGGUCGAAUCAUAUCGUAUCAAAAUGGUCGACCGGAUGCUUUUGCACCUUUUCAUCGAAGAAGAACAUCGCUGACAAUCGACAGAGAUUACGUUGACGGAAUCAGUCUCACACACGGACAAUCACCACGGCAACACAUCUGGACAUUUGCGUGCGCCAUUGAUGAGUUUGUCUCUAACAUUAACACCCAAUCCAGCCGAUGUCCUUGUACACGUCCAAACGAUGCUUUCCUAGGAACCGUACCACCCUUCAUCGGACAAGAUUAUUUCUGUGAGACUGGCGCUGGGGCUGGCGAUAGGGGACGAUUUUUCGCUAACGAUCCACUCUGGGACGGUCAGGGUUGCGCGGAUAACAGUACUUGCUGUGAGUUCAACAAUCCACCGUGGUUCUGCAAGCAACUCCCUCAACCAACUACAGACGAUAUCGAGAUGAGGAUUUGUUUCGAUCAAGGUUUUCCAGAUGAAGAUACACCCAUUGAGAUAAUGGAGAUGUACGUUCGCUAAAAAUUCAAACUGAAAAUAGUACGUUUUGUUAUUAUUCUGCACAUUGCACUUGGCACUAACACAUUUAACACUAAGUUUAACACUGUACUCUGAA